UCCCCAUUCCUCGCUCCUGCUCCACUCACCAUGUGUCAUAAUCGAGGUUCCCUCCCUGCUGCACCCGUCACCCUGGCCCCAACCCCAGGCCCUGUCCCCAGUCCAGGGUCCCGGAGAAGGUCCGGCCCGGAGAUCUUUACUUUCGACCCCCUCCCGGAGCCUCCCACUUGCCGACCCGCCCGCUCCAGCAUUUCCCACAGGGUCCCUCGCAAGCGCAGCCGCAAGGUUCUCUACCCUCGAAUGGUUCGACGCCAGCUACCUGCAGAGGACCCCAAUCCGGCUCGGCGCCUCCUCUUCCUCCUCCUUACGGUGGUCUUUUGUCAAAUUCUGAUGGCCGAGGAAGGUGGUCCAGUGCCCCCAGUGCUGGAAGAACCUGACAACGACCCUACUCAAGCGCCUCCAGUUGUGGUGGAGUCCCAGAACUUGACGUCUGAGCCUCCGGACUACCCCGUGGACAUCAGCGCCUUCCUCCAACAGCACCCGGCAGCCUUCUAAACCACAGCCCUUCCCCUACAAAAACAAAAAGAAACACAAAAGCCUGGGGUACGAAAGGGCGUUUGCCGAGCUGAGACUGGGUCUGGGACACUCUCAAACUUAGAACACUAAUACCCAAGAAUGACAUCGGUGCCACUGGGCCUAAAUCCCAGAACUGCAGGAAAUGGAAGGUGGAGAGAAACUUGUCCUGCUGCCUUUAGUGCCGGGGAAAAAACACAUUAAUUUAUUGCUGUUCAUUCCUAGGUGAUAAUAUUUAUAUACAGUGUUUAUUUAUAUACCAUCCCACCAGGGUUGGGGGGUGAUAGUGGUAGUGGAAGAAGGGUAUAUGUAGUAUUUAUUUUAAUUUAUAUGUUGUAGAGGAGAGAUGUGCCUCCAACCUUCUGCAAUAUUUUUGGUUUUUGUUUUAUUUAUUGAUAUGCUCUAGUGAGCUGCUGAAGUCAAUUCCUUAGACUAAACUAAAGCUGAAGGUGGGGAGAAAGAAUUAGGCAGUGAUGGGUACUGGGACUGGGGAACUGAAUCAAGGGAGGGGUUGGGAAAGAAAGAAGGCUAGUGAUAGUGAUAGGGGUAGUAAUUUUAGGGAUGACAAUAUCUAUACACUUAUUUCAACUUAGUGGGACCUACUAUGUGAGGCCCCAUAAGGGCCAAAGGGUUCAUUGACUACCUCAGAAACUGCCCCUAAGGGGCUGAGUGGGGUGGGAUGGGUCUGUUGCCUUGUAUGUUCUAUGAACAAUAAAUAAAAUUGGAUUUUACUGCUA